AUGCUUUUCAGAUUUAGCACCCUUCUGUCGUCCGGCCUCUUCGUUGGAAGCACUCUGGGCAUCGCCUCCGCGGACGUCACGGACGUCACGAGCAUACGCGUGGCUGUCAUGGAGGUAUCAAUUUCUGUUUCUGUUUCUGUUAUUGCACAUUCGUUGCCUUACUCGCCAAUUGAUUUGGCUUGGGCUUUUCAAAAACCGACAGGCUGGUCUGGUCCUGCACCAUGGAGGGACGGGAGCGAGGCCGAGGAGGAUGAAGCCAAAGAAGAAGAUGAUAAGGGUGAGGGAAAGAAGAAGAAGAAAGCGAAUAGAUGA